CUAGCUAUUGCCCCCCUGCCCUGCCCCUCACCCCACUCCCAACAUGGACUGCCAACCCAACCAUAUUGAGAGAAACCGCUUUAUCCAUUCCUUCGCUAUAUUGGUCCACGCUGUGGGCACAAUCCUCAUUUAUCAAUGUGUUUCUGUUUUCUUUUUCCUCCAAAGCUGGAGAUGCCGAUGAUCCACCAAGAAUUACCCCAAAUCCAGUCAUCAAUGGGAAUGUAGCCAUGGCUGAUGGUCACAAUAACACAGAAGAAGACAUGGAAGAUGACACAAGCUGGCGGUCAGAAGCGACGUUUCAGUUCACAGUUGAGCGUUUCAACCGGCUGAGUGAAUCGGUCCUAAGCCCCCCUUGUUUCGUGCGGAACCUUCCCUGGAAGAUCAUGGUGAUGCCACGCCUUUACCCAGACAGGCCACACCAAAAAAGCGUAGGAUUCUUUCUUCAGUGCAACGCUGAGUCGGAUUCCACGUCAUGGUCUUGCCAUGCGCAGGCAGUCCUCAAGAUCAUAAAUUACAAGGACGAUGAAAAAUCUUUCAGUCGCCGCAUCAGCCAUUUAUUCUUUCAUAAGGAAAACGACUGGGGCUUUUCCAAUUUUAUGUCUUGGAGUGAAGUUACUGAUCUAGAUAAAGGCUACAUAGAAGAUGACAAAGUCACUUUUGAAGUUUAUGUUCAAGCUGAUGCUCCUCAUGGUGUGGC